AUGAGUGCUACUGAAGCGCCACAGGUUGCUCAGCCAGAUGAAGAGGAAUUGCUUUUAGCUAAAUUGGUUUUUGGCGAUAAAUCGGACUUUUACGAGGGAAUACAAAAUGUGGACCUAGGUUUAUCAAGUGAAGGAGAGCCUGAUGGUAACAAUUCUGACGAUGAGAGCGGUGAAGAGGAAUCAGAUGAUGCUAUAGAUCGUAUGCAAGAUGAUCAAUUAUUUUUUGUCGACGAAGGGGAUGAUGAGGAUAAAAUGGAAAUAGAUGAGGAAGAAAAGGAAGAAGAGGUUUCAGCAUAUGAAGAUGACAGUAGCGACGCAUGGAAUGAUUCUGAUGAUGAACGUUUGAUUGUCCCUAUUACGGAAUCUAAUAGAUCAAAGAAACUGCGGUCUUCGUACGAGGAGAAGGAAGUUGACAGUCGGCAAUACGUGCGUAGAUUGAGGUUGCAAUUUGAGAAGAUUUAUCCUAGGCCGAAAUGGGUUGACGAGGUCGACGAAUCAGGUGAGGAUGACGGAAUUUCAGAUGAAGAUAAUGAUUCUGAAGUGAUAAACGGCGACAUCAAUGCAUUGCAUAAGAUUUUACAAAGUACGUAUUCCUACAGCGCCACAUCAUCACGUCUCUUGGCUCCAAAGAGACUAGACAUUACGAGAUUGACAGACGCAAAUGUGUCUCAUCCUUCGAAGUCGGCCGUCCAGUCGCUAUCUUUCCAUCCGCUAAAACCUUUGUUGCUGACUGGUGGAUACGACCGCACUCUGCGGAUAUAUCACAUCGACGGGAAAAACAAUCAUCUUGUAUCUUCCGUUUAUUUGACUGGCACACCUGUACAGACAUGUAAAUUUUACGUGAAUCCUUCGCACAGCGAGCAGAUGGUGUUUUCGGGUGGUAGGAGAAGAUACAUGCAUUCGUGGAAUAUUUCUAGCCCGAACUCCCAGGUUGCGUCAAUUGAGAAGAUCUCGCGUAUGUACGGCCAUGAAGAGACCCAAAGAUCGUUUGAGAAGUUUAAGCUGGGUCACUUAAGCACUGUGCAGGAUACAGUCCAUGGUAUUAUUCUCCUGCAAGGUAACAAUGGUUGGAUUAACGUUCUUCAUGCAUCCACAGGUGUCUGGUUAAUGGGCUGUAAAAUAGAAGGUGUGAUGGCAGACUUCUGUAUUGACUAUCACCCAUUGCACGAUGGGAAGUUCAAGACCAUUUUAAUCGUCGUAAACAAAUACGGUGAGGUCUGGGAAUUCGAUUUAACGAAUAACGGUAAAGUGCUACGUAAAUGGCAGGACGCUGGUGGUGUUUCCAUCACUACGAUACAGGUCGGCGGUGGUACCAAUUCUUCAAACCUACUUCCUUUUAAGAGCAUAAAAAGAAAUAGAUGGUUAGCCAUUGGAAGUGAAUCUGGUUUUGUUAAUGUUUACGACAGACAAUCUCAGGCCGGAAAACCAGUAGCAACAUUGUCUCAGUUGACUACUACCAUUUCGACUUUAGAGUUUUCUAGUGAUGGACAAAUUCUCUGCAUGGCUUCUCGUGCUGUUAAGGAUGCCUUGAGGUUAGUGCAUUUACCUUCAGCAACGGUCUUCUCCAAUUGGCCAACUAGUGGUACACCUUUAGGUUCGGUCACAAGCGUAGCAUUUUCAGCACAUAGUGAAAUGUUGGCUGUUGGAAACGAACAAGGUAAAGUCAGAUUAUGGAGACUGAACCACUACUAG